UAGGCCCAAGAAUCACACCAACUUCGCUGUUACUAUAACCCUAGUUUUCUUUUUCUUCUUACCGUGCGCAUGUCUUCAGCAUUCUGAUCACUCUUCGAGACACUCCGACGCGGCGGUUGUUGAAGAAGAUUGCAAUAUGAAGUUCAACGUUGCGAAUCCUACCACUGGAUGCCAGAAGAAGCUUGAGAUUGACGACGAUCAGAAACUACGAGCAUUUUGGGACAAGAGGAUUUCACAAGAGGUCAAUGGGGAUGCUCUUGGUGAGGAAUUUAAAGGAUACGUUUUUAAAAUCACCGGAGGUUGUGACAAACAAGGAUUUCCAAUGAAGCAGGGAGUCCUGACCCCUGGCCGUGUUCGUCUGUUGCUUCACAGGGGAACUCCUUGCUUUCGUGGACAUGGAAGGCGUAAUGGAGAGCGCAGGAGGAAGUCCGUUCGUGGGUGUAUUGUUAGCCCAGACCUUUCUGUUCUGAACUUGGUAAUUGUGAAGAAGGGUGAGAAUGAUUUACCCGGACUGACCGAUGUUGAGAAGCCAAGGAUGAGAGGUCCUAAGAGAGCGUCCAAGAUCCGUAAGCUUUUCAACCUGUCUAAGGAUGAUGAUGUGAGGAAGUAUGUCAACACCUACCGUAGGACAUUUACAACAAAAGAUGGGAAAAAGGUGAGCAAAGCUCCCAAGAUACAAAGACUAGUGACUCCUCUUACACUCCAAAGAAAGAGAGCAAGGAUUGCCGAUAAGAAAAAGAGAAUCGCCAAGGCAAAAUCAGAGGCAGCUGAGUACCAGAAGCUUCUUGCUUCCAGGUUGAAGGAGCAGAGAGAGCGUCGCAGUGAGAGUUUAGCAAAAAAGAGAUCCAGGAUUUCCAGUGCUAAGGCAGCUGUCACCGCCUAGGCUGCUGUCAUACCAUCACCACAGUUUUGGUAUUGUUAUUUUACAAUGGCUCUGUCAUGACAACUACAAAUGGUUUUUGCUAGUUUCGAUGCAUCGAGUUAUUGAAUUGUUCUCUUGUAGUAUCACUUCUGGAUUAUUUUUUUUGAAAUAUGAAUCCAUGUCAUGUGUUACCCUAUAGGUUAUAUUUCUUUUUCUUUUUUUUGCAUUAUGAGUAAUAGCUCAGUGACUUUUUAUGCAUUA